CUUGUUGUAUUAAUGCAGGCGGGUUAAAAUGGCGUCCCUGGUUUGUUUGCCUGGUUGUUAGUGACAGUGGCGGCGAGUUUGAAAUCGGAAAAUGAGCAGCGAGUUUUCAGGCGCUGAUUUGGACAGAAAAGUUGAACUAUUGAAGAGGAAGUAUUCAGAGAGGAGAAAUCGGGUUUCUGCCACUGAAGAAGCCCGAGUGAGUGACAAGUGCGGAGGAAAUGAAAAGUGCUAUGACGUAACGGGCAGCGAGGAAGUGAAACCAUCCCGGCGAGAGAUGAGAAACUACAGCCGAGCGCUGGACGAGCUUUUCCGUGCCGUCUCACAUCCGCCUGAAUGGCUCGAUCGUGACGAGAGCGCUUUGAGCAGCGACGACGAGCUCGGUGACCAAACGGACGUCCUGGACCGUACCAACAUCCUGUGUACGGAGACGGAUGUGACGCUGCCCUCGAACAUAGUGUGCACUUCCAGCUCGUUUGAGACGGAGCCAGCGAGGUUCAGCAGAGGAGAGGCGCUGAGGAGCCCAGCUUCUAUCGACCAAGUGUACCAAGAGAUGAUUCAGAUUUAUGAAAAACUGCAAGUGCGAGCGGCCGAGCUGUGUGAGCGCGAACGUGAUCUCCGGCGGAGAGAGAAGCUUCUCCUGAAGCACCAGAGCACCGUAAACAGACUCCUCAAUGCGGAGGAAGACGUCCAAGAUCGUAUUAAUGCCAUGCAACAGAAACACCAGCAGGAGACGGAGAAUCUCAGAGCCGCGCUGAGAGAAAAGACCAAAGAGAACAAAAGGAUUAAAUCUAGUUUCGGUUCCAUCAAGGAGUUAAAUGACACCAUGAGAAAACAGCUGAAUGAAGUAAGCGAGCAGAACACACGGCUGGAGAGCCAAUCACGGAAAGUUCAAGCUCGACUAGAAAACCUGCAGAGAAAGCACGAGUACUCAGUGUCGCACCGAGGGCGGGAGAACAUUGUACCGAAGUCACGUGAUCUCAAACCCUCCAAUCAGGACAAACCUCCACCUCCUAGCAAAGCCAGCAAGAGCGCCUCGGGUUCUGCAGCGCCGAAGCUGCUCUCGUACGUGAUGGACUGGAUCGUGGACGGGCCGCAUUUUUCCUCAGAAGAAGUGAAAACGGAGAGCGAGUCUGACCCGUAUGGGGUUCCGCGUCCCUCCCUGCACGAACGCUGUGCCAAGGUUCUUCCCGUCCUGCUAGAGCAGUUCCAGCAAGCCGAGGCGUCUCUUCACUCAGCGCUCCUGCGCUUCAUCUACUGCGCCCUCACACAGCUGGAGCACAGCACACAGCACCUCCCGUUGACCUCCACGCUGAGGAGAUUAGGAGAGGAAGUGAACCGAAAAUCUCCUCCACUUUUCAGGAGCUCCUGCCCUCACACUCGCUUUUUCUCCUCCGUCAUUGUCCUCAAAACACUCAGCCAGGCGGACAUCUUGGCGCAGGCCCUCGACGUUUUGCACGGCGUCGUGGGAGAGGACGAGGGGCGUGGCCUGUUCCUGAAGUACAAGGCCCUGACGGUCAUUUUAGUCCUGCUGAGGACAGGAAGUCCGGGACUGCUCGCUCCUUCACUGGAUGUCCUGCUUCAGAUGAGCGCCGAGUCACGUCAUCUUCCUGCCUUCCUGGAAGCGUGUAGCACAGAUCAGUUCUUCCGUUGUGCCGCCGUACUUCUCCGAAACCCACGGCUGGACCUCGCCGUGGCCGAGAAGCUCAGCGUUCUCCUCCAGAAACUCUCCUGCAUCAGAAAGAACCGGCGUCUGUUCGAAGCGUCCUCGCUGCACCUGCUGCUACAGGAAACGCAGCGCUCGGCCGAUCCGUCUCGAGCCUUCCUCAACAUCAACCUCAGCUCCGUCCUGUUUAAUCUGGGCGUGGCCUCACGUUCCUGCCCCGCCUAAAAUCUAUACAAUCCUAAAAAUCAUGGUACUCUCUUUGUGUUGUGUUGUGUUGUGUUAUUUGUUGAUGUUUAAUAGUCAGCUCAUGAUAAUGCAGUACUUUUGUAAAUUAUCCACAAUUUAUUUGUUUUUAUUAUAAUUUGCUUAUUGUGUGUUGAUGUGGUAAUUAAUUACUCAUCUUUCAGAAAAAAACGACUAUGCGUCAUUUAUACACGUGAUAUAUUUAGAUGAUGGAUAGAACACACACACACACACACACACACUCACACUCAUCUGUGUUUAUUUCUGUGUUCUGAUGAACUUCGUCUCUUGUGUGCGUGUCCUCAGUUGCCUCCCUGAGACAGAUUUUUCUCAGCAUGUUGGUACUAAUCCCAUGAUUUGGUUAUUCUUACGCUGAUUUAGAAUGACGUUUCCUUCGCCAAGGCGCAAGAGAACGCGGCGCAUAUUUGUACAUUUGGCCUGCGUUUGUAAAUCUGUGGUCUCGAGAGAGCUCCCUUACGUCUUGCGUGUUUUAACUGACUUAAAUUGUUUGUGACUGAAUAAAAGAUUUGUUACCGACUCGGUACCUUGCGAGAUUGCGGAGAUUUAAACAUUUAUGUCACCAAUCCUCUCACUGUUUAUCAAAUAAUGAUUUUUUUUAAGCAGCUGAAAACCGGGCGCAGCUGCUGUUCGCGUAAUUCCGCCGGUUUAUACAGACGGGACGUUGUUUUGUUGUGAUGUCAUGCAUUCAUCAAGUCGCUUAUUGACUUGUGGGUUUGGUUUUUAUUCGUGCGAUGGAUAACCCCUUGGAUUUGGGUGCGUUAAACCAGAGGCAGUUCUCAGACCAAAUGGGAAUACCAUGUUUACUCCUAACGAGGUGCUACUGUAGAGCAAGACACGCCCACAGGGGUAGGACCUGUACGUUCUAGAGAGCAUUUACUUGGAUGAAAACAACAAGUAGAGGCUGAAUCAUCAACAAAAUGUUAACGCGAGAGCUGUAAAGCCAUCCAUUGCUGUCCGUAACGAUAAGAGACGGAAGCUCGGGGCAGGGAGCAGGUCAGUCCAUCAUGAAGACGUGGUACAGAUUUGGCUGCCUGCCCCCUGCACUCGUAUUAAUGUUGAGUUCUGCUUGGACGUGAAGCACAAAAGGCACAAAAGCUCCAAAUCUGGCCAGCAAACUGACCAUCUGGAUUGAAGCUGAGUUACAUUCCUGCGUUCCCACAACCUGUUCUCAUUGGACAGUAAGGAGCUGCUAUUGGUGGACUUUGUGCAGCUCCUUCUAAUCAGCCGUAGCAGCAGCGAGUGCACUGAGCCAGUGCCUGUAGACUGCUGGGUUCUGUAACAUGUCAUGUAGCAGAUGAUUUCCACUCCAGAGAGAUGGUUAGAAGUGUUGAUCCGGCUUAUGAAGGACAAUGAGCUCAUGAUCUGGAUCAGGGAAGUAAAGAAAACACAAAACCCAAUAGGAUGUACUGAUGUAAACUCUUACAUAAACCAAAGCUUGUUGGCGCGGAGAUAUAAUUCCUCCAUGACCUAACAGUACUAAUGGAUCACAUCCAAACUCACUGAUGCCCCUGAGAGUGGUUAGUGCUCUACUCACUUACUGAACGUUAGUUAAGUAUGAAUUUUGGGCAGAAUGACCUUUGGCUGCAAUUACAUCUGCAAGUCUUCUGGGAUAUGUCUCAGUCAGCGCUGCACAUCUGGAUCCUGAUAUAUUUUUUUUUUUGCCCAUUCUUCUUGGCAAAAUUGCUAAAGAUCUGUCAGAUUGGAAGGAGACUAAUAGAAAACAGCGAUUCGCAAGCCUUGCCACAGAUUCUUAAGCGGAUUGAAGUCUGGGCCGUUCGAACGCAUCCAGACUGGAAUAGGUUUUCAUCUAGGAUCGUCCCGCAUUUAGCUUCAUCCAUCUCGCCCUCAAGCCCUAAGAGCUUCCCGGUCCCUGCUAAUAAAAAGCAUCCCAACAACAUAAUGCUACCACCCUCGUGCUUCACAGUAGGGACGGUAUUCUCAGAGUGGUGAGCAGUAUUGGAUUUCAGCCAAACGUUGCAUUAUAUUCCAAGGCCAAAAGGUUAAAAUCAGACCAGAAGACCUUGGUGGACGGCCUCCUCUACACAGAACGUUGUCCCAGACUUGUUUUUUUCUUUUUUAGCUGCUUGGUCUUCUAGCUAUGUUUUGGGAAUAAACAAUUCCGAGUGCACUUUUUCCCCCAGUUACUUGUUAAUAGGUUUGUUUUCAUUUUCAUUAUCCAGGAAGUGGACAGUGCUGGAGAAUUUGACUUUGCAAUGUCAGAGGAAGUCCACAUUAUAUUACACUCAAUGCUUUUUUUCGAAACAACUGGUCAGACAAAUAAACAAAAGAGGACUUGAUGAUUCAAUUUUGCAGAUGUGAACAUCAUGUGAAGGCUUUCAGGGUUCCAAGACGAGCUGCUAGCGCUGAGAGGAAAAAAAAAAACUGGCAUGCAGACACACACACACACACACACACACAACUCCUAGCUGAAGCAUCCACGUUAUAAGCAGAUCGGUCUCUGUGUUCAUGAGGGUAAACUUAUUCCAAAAGGAAUUUUAAGAAUGUGGUUUGUGUGUGCUGAUUUAGUUAUGCUUUGGUUAGUAAUGUUCAUGCUUUUUAUUACUUCUAUUAAUGCCUUUAUUACUUCUAUCAAUGUUUUUGAAUCAGUAAUACAUUGGAAACAGAUUAAAUGGAAAAAAAAAAGUCUAUUUCUUUGUUUUCCAAGAAAUCCGGUAUCAAGUGCCUGUUAUAGUGAAUUUCCUGUGCAUAUUUCUAUUAUUCGUUCCAUAUUUCCCUAAUUCACAUGUCCCGCUUAUGUACUGAUAUAACACUCCCACCAGCAAAGAGGGCGGAGCUUUCAGAAUUAACAGGCUAACCAGAGAUAUUGUGUAACAUCCAUGUAAGCAGUUCUUGUUCUCACUUACGUUAUAGCAGCUAUAAACACUCGUUCCCUCACCAGCAUCUCUAUUUUCUCUCUCUUUUCAAGUUAAUAAGACGAGAGAAAAAAAAAACGCAGGUUGCCAUGUUACCGAGAAACCGCAAUACGUAAACUUCUCUGUCCUUUCCGGAAACUUACUGACACUGGAGACUCCUUCCGUAAAUGUCUGUUUCUAUCAGCGAAUGUAAGUUCUUUGUUAAACAACUUUUUUUUAUCCAUUUAUUAUUACCUCAAGCGACGUGUCCACGUGUCCACGGUACAAGUCCCUGUGAAUGAGCUGUUACUAUAGAAACGAGAACGUAUUAGAACGAGCGCAUUAAUAUAAACCUGCGCGGCUAUCUUGCGGACCAAUCAGAACUCAGAAUCAGCAGCAUUUAUAUGUUCCUUAUCGUGGUCGAGAGCUCCGUGUUGUCCACAUGGUGUGUUGAUAUGUUAAAGGAUAACACAUGUUCCCCGUGUGCUCUUCGAUUACAUGCCGUGUAUAAGGAAAGAUGGAUAUGGUGGUCUCGUAUAACAAGCUUAAUUUUACAUUUCUGGCCAGGCGUAACCGCCAUAAAACAUAAAUACUGGCUUAACGACUGGCCAAAACCCAGAGACGGCAUCAUUCUGACCACUUAACAAGCUGAAAUAAUGAAGAUAAAUAAAUCAGGCCGUGACAGGCACUUAGGCUCUUCAGACAGGCUUAUUAUUACAGCGUUUGGGUAAAAGCCACUCGUGGACAGACAUGACACAGGAGCCUGAGAACGCAGAAGGAGAACACGCUAUUCUGUUAGUGCUGUGAUACGUAAGAAGAAGAGGCGGCGAGUUGAUUGAGAAACAUACAUGUGGAAUGAAAACUGUUGAUAUCGGGUAUCUUCUUCAAGCAUAGCACAGAUAGAGGUUCUGUAGAUUAGAAUCCAUGGACUCAUUUCAUGCUCCAGAAUAAUUGGUGAUGAACUAGUGAACCUGCCUGGAAGAGGACACGAGUGUAUUUUGCCCCCAUGCACAAUGAGGAGAGGCAAAAAAAUUUCCCCAAGAAUCACAAGUGCAGUAACCUUGUUUUUUGGUUUAUCUGGAUGACGUGCCACAAGAAAGUCUUUUCUUUCAUCGAACCACAUAAAAAAACCACCUAGAGCUCACCAGACACUACUGGAGCUUCGAGUGGACCCGGGUUCAAGAUAGGUUUGAGUAAAAAAGGAUUGUUGUACAGAGAAGAACCUAAUGUUGGGUGUGAUAGAGGAUCUGUGGUGGUGUGGUUUAUUAGUAUACAUGGCAUCAUGGACUCCAUGAAGUACCAGGAGACUGCGAAUGAAAAUCUGGUUGCCUCGUCCAAGGAGUUACAGCUGGGUUGUAGUUGGACCUUCCAAUAGGACAACGAUCAAAAACACAAAAACGCUUCAGUGGCCACAGAUUCAAGCUUUUAACAUGAUCCCAAGGCACGUUUUGUCUCUCUCGACAUCCGUAACUGGUUAAUGAUGCAGCCUUAUCCUUAAGACACCUGACUGUAAUUUUCUAAUUUAUUGCCAAAGCCUUAGCUGUUGUGUAGUCAAAUUAAGGUGAUUGGAGUACAGCUGAGCUUUCCAGGCUUUGAUGGUGAGGAACAAAAAAGGCAAAUUAUCUUAAUUAUGUUUAAUUAAUUAACAGGCCAAACUUUUUACAAAUGUAACUCUUAAAUGAUUGUGUCAUAAGUAAAAGGAAAAUGGCGCAUCCUCGAAGAAUCACUCAGCGCUGUGGAAAACAUGAGGGAUAAUAGAGGUGGAAACAAUCAGACCUUUAUGUGAAGCUUGAAAAAACUCGCUGGAGGGAAAGACAUGAAUGAAUGAAAGGUGCAGACGGAACCAAAAAAAAAAAAAGGGCAAAUCACAACGUGAACUGUUUGGCCUUGCUCGAGGCUUUCGAUGCCAAGCUGACAGCUAAUUACAAUCUCGUCAUGUUUUUACCGCCACAUUUAACAUGGCUUACAGGCAUAUGACAAAAUGCAGAAGCUACUUUUGUUUAAAAUGUAUAAUACUUUGGAAAUACUUUAUAUCUUUCCAUAUUUAUAUAUUUAUUUCCAAACAAAGCUGCUGUCUAACCUUACCUUGGAUGAGACAAUUAAUUACAUAUCACGUAUUAGCUAGCUAACGGUAAAUGGUUAUCCUUAAACAAAACUAGCUAACAGACACUGAGCUGAGGGAUGCAGUGGAGGCCACGCAGUGGAGAGUAAGACCAAUGCCAGUCCAAGCCAGUAAACUGACAAGAAAACAACAGGAAUUAGAAAUAAAUUAAGUUGGCCAAAAUUGGACGAGGUAGAACUGUGGCAGAAUUGUCCUACUGAUGGCUACGGAAAAAAGGAUGAAGGAAAAAGGCAGGAACUGGGGCUGGGCCUGAAGAUAUUGUGGGAGGAAGAAGAGCUUGGCUGACUACAGAGCAUAUACUCAACAGCUGCUAGAAGCCAAAAACAGGAAGCUGGAAGCCACCAAAGAGGAGCGUCUCAUCACAGGCCAAUACAGGGACCAAGCAAGGACAGCUUCACUAGAACUGGCAGCUAAACAGCAUCCCCUCUCCCAGGUUAACACCGACCUCCACAAACUCUGUAACCUCUGUUAGAGCUGUAGAAGUGCUUCCCCAGCUUCCUAAAUAUCUUGUGGAAAUUGAUAAGGACCUUCCGGAAGAACCAUUGUGUCCAGAUAGAAUGGCAAAGGGCAGUGAUGGUCUUCAUUGCUAAGCAGCAGAAUGCCAGUGACAGCAGUGAUUUCAAAAACAUUAACCUGGAACGAUCUCCAUCCUGGACAAGAGGAUGACCUCAUGGGUAACAACACUAGCUCAACACCAGCUGGAAAAACAGUCAUGGGUGCCAGACUCUAUUUGGUGUUGGGAGAUUUUGGUGGGAACAAAUCAGAUCAAAUUAGACCUUUCAGGAAAGUUAGAGAAAUUGACCAAAAGCCGUGUUCGGCAUCAUCUCCAGGAUGCCCUUGCAUCCCAAAGAUCCUGUGGAAACUAAUGAGGACCUGCCCGGAAGAACCGAAGAACCCAUGUAUCCAUAUAGAAUGGCGAAUGGCAGUCUUUUGUUAAGGAUUUCAAAAUGUAAAGGGGAAGAUCUGCAUUCUGGUCAAGAGGAUGACCUCAUGGAUAACAGCGACAUCAACACCAGCUGUCGAGGUGUCAGGCUUUCUUCAACAAACAAAUCCGAGGAACCAAGAAAGAGAAAAGUGAUUUAAACCCAUGUGAUUGGAUCUUUUGCUGAUGCCUGCAGAUGCCUCGCACUCUAGUUCUCUGACCUGCUCUGCAGUUCUGGAUCCUGGCUUUUUCCCGUGCACACACACCCCUACUAACUACCAAGGCAAUUCUUUUAAAAAUUGUGAGAGUAAACUGUGUCCUCCGUUGAUAAUGUCUCUGACACAAGCAUGUAGAUGAACUGCUGCUCUCUCCAAAGCAGGGUUUCACAACCCUCUAGUCAAUCUGACCUCGACGCUGAGAGAGAACGUAACAGGGCUGGAACCGUGCCACAUUUCUCCUCCCAUGAAUGGACUUUGUUACGCUUCUUUGAGCGCUAAAUGGUAAUAACGCGGGUUGCGAAUUAUCCCUCAGGAACUUGUCAGACUUAAGCUUCUGAAAUCCUGUGAUCAUUGUCCGAGGUUAAAAAAAAAAUCAUCACCGUUUGAAAUCUGAAGACAGAAUUUCACAAGCUGUGGUGUGUUUAGACGAAGUCACUAAUCCCCAGCCAACUCAAAAACCCGAGUGCAGCAUUUGGAACAAGACCAAAUUUAAUAAAUGAUAUGAAUUAACUAUGAUGUCAUAUACAGCAAUUCUUAACGUUAGCGUAGAAUUUACGCAGUGCUUAAUUCACACCUACAGCCCUGAAUGAACAAGUUCACACUUAUAACGCUUUACAGUGUUUAACACGUACCAUGCCAUGUUACCACUUUUGGUGGCAAAGUUAUAUCUAUAGCUAAGAACCUGAUUUGCGACCUUGAAAAAAGCUUUACAGAAUUAUUCACAAAGCUAGCUAACAGUUAUUAGCUUAAAUCAGCAAGCUCUAGCUACAGCACUUCCACAAGGUGGAUUUUGUCUUCACAGAUUUUAGAAAAGCCAUCCAAAAAAAAGUGUAACUGGGUCUGUGUAUUAUUUUAAUGUUUGUUUUCCUUUUAAAAGUUUCAUUUAGCUAGUUGAAUGGGCGUAAACAAAUAUUUUCCCCACUUUGUGUUAAUAAAACUAGCAACACUUAAGCUCUAUUUGCUUCCUUUCCAAAGACGUCCACUUAUUAGCCAUAAAGAGAGUUUUUUUAUGACGUCUUUUGGACGUUGAACAAAGACAUCUUUCGGAUGCGUUUAUGCUCAGUGGGUGUUUAUUCACAAUCUGGAAUUUCAUUGGGAUUAUACGUGAUGUAUGUGUUGUGAAGCAUGGUGGUGGUAGUAUCAGUUUUUAACAGUUACCCUUGGUCUCUUGAUGCUUACUGUGACUGUGAAAAGAACAUCUUUACAUGGAUUUAAAGGAGUUUUAUACUCAUCAUUAUAGACGUCAUUUCAACGUCAAAUUCUUAUCUUGCUACAGUUUAAU